UGGACGACGAGACAGACGAGCAGGAAAGAGGAGAGGUCAAAGUGCAGCAGAAUUGUGGAGACUACGCAGCUGCAGGCAGGACGAAGCUUAAAAAAGACCCAGCAAAACAUUGACGGAGCCAGGAUUUAGGGAUGCAUUCUGAGUUGGAUUUACUACAAGAGAGCAUGGAUUUUGGUAAAUAUGGAGGCAUGUUUCCUAUUGACAGGAAAUAGGCUGCAAACAGAGCCAUUAAUCUGCUUGUAAGAGGGACAUUAGGAGCACCAAAAUCUCUUCAAGAAACUAAUGUAGAUGGUGUCUGUCGCCCUGUCGUGAAAUGGAAACGGAGGCAUGCUGUGAACAGCCCGAGGACCCCGCAGUGGAGCCGACCGAGUCAGAGGUAAGAGAGGCCGUUCCCGAGCCUGCUAACCAGGUCGCAGCCGACCAGCUGGCCCGCGGGCCUGCAGAGGAGAGCGAGGGGCCGCGUUCGAAAGAGCCGGCUGCAACGGAGAGCUGCGCUGAGGAGGGUGAAGGCACCGGGACCAGAAGCGCUCCAGAUCCAGAGAGGGAGAGUGGAAAGACAGAAUGCAAGGAGCGGAGGAAACUCAGAAAAACAAACAGCUGGAAGAUGGUUCGAUUCCAGGACCCGUCAAUGGAUGAUGAAGUACUGGAGAGGGACAGCUCAGCAGAGAGUCUUUUCCCAGAAUAUGCAAUGGAGGAGUGGACUUCCACAAGCUUUGAGGAGCUGUUUGCGGCGGAAAACUGGACAGACAUCACAGAGGACCGGCUGUUGAGGAAGAAGGCGCUGGAGCCUGGAAACCCGCAGGUCCCGCACCCCACCUGGGGUCAGGAGGUCACUGUGAAGAUGCAGUGUGUCCUGGAGGAUCGCACGGUGGUGGAGAAGGACAGCAAGCUUGUGUUUGUUAUCGGAGAGGGAGAUGUAAACCAGGCUUUGGAGGAGUGUGUCAUGUCCAUGCAGCAGGGCGAGAUCGCAUUACUGCUGGCAGAUUCACAGUAUGCCUAUGGACUGCUGGGAAGAGAUCCGGACAUCCCCGCCUGGGCUCCUCUGCUCUACCAGCUGCAGCUGCUGGACGUCAGAGACAAGCCAGACUCAUUAAGUCUGUCGAUCGCAGACCGCAUUCGCAUCGGCAAUCAGAAACGAGAGCGAGGAAACUUCCAUUUCCAGAGGGAGGAGUACUGCAUGGCAGCCAGAGCUUACUGCAUGGCUCUGGAUGUGCUAACCACACGCAGACGAGAUGGCAGCGACGGCGGCGUGGAGCCAGAGGAGGAGGAGGUGCAGGACGACCGGGUCAAGUGUUUGAACAACCUGGCCACCGCUCAGCUCAAACUGGAGCAGUUCGACGAGGCGCUGCACACCAGCCGGGACGUCCUGAGCCUCGAGCCCGACAACGUCAAGGCCCUGUUCAGGACGGGGAAGCUCCUCUCUGACAGGGGCGAGUACAAAGAGGCGAUGGAGGUGCUGAAGAAGGCCUUGAAACUGGAGCCAGCCACCAAGGCCAUUCACGCUGAGUUAUCUAAACUGGUGAGGAGGCAGUCGGGGGGUAAAGACACUCAGGAGUGGAAAAUCAAACCGGCCGAGAUGCUCGGAGACAACAUCACACCUUUCCUGAUUCCAUCCAAGAAGAAGCCAUCAGGAAUUUCCUGGAAGUUCAUCCUGGGAGCUCUGGUUGUGGCUUUGGGCAGCUUAGUGACGUCUGUGAUUCUGACGGCAAGAAACUGAAAUCUGCUUCAAGAAGCAUCCAGAAAAUCAUCAAGCGCA